UUCUCUUUGCUCUACACAGAACCAGAGUAAAACAAAAAUUCAAAAGAAAACAAAAAUGGAAGCCAAAGUGAUUUCUUGCACUACUUUUGGAGAAGACAAGGUCAUAAAGAUUGUUGUUUCGAGCCAUCGUGCAGUCACCAACUACAAACCUGGAGAAAACGAAACGACCGUUGUUGUUGCCGAUGAUACUUGCUCCAAGAAAGAUGUUGAAGAGAUUAAGAAGACUUGUGAGAAGCUCGAUUAUGUUUACGAAGGAAGACUUCACGAAGAUUACGCUCAGACCAACAUUGGACCUGGUUUGGUCUGAAAGUUUCAGAGUUACAGUUAAACUCUCUAUGCUUUGCUUCACUUUUGUCUAAGUACUUUUCUUUUCUGCAUUUUUGCUUUCUAUGUUCUAAGUUAUCUCUUGGUGGUUUGCAGUGUAUGAAUGAAUUUAUAUGAGUUUAUUAGUUA